UGAAAAGGCUUUGAAAUAACAAUUAAAAAACCAUAUUUCAAAACAAAUAUCCAUAAUCAGAAAACUUGAAAACAAACAAAAACCAAAACAGUUCUUUAUUCAGAAAAAACACUCAACGCCGGUAGCAAUUUUCAAUCCAAGACAUCAGCGAAAUUGUACAGGCCUAAGAAUCAUGCACACUUACAAGGAUGGUUUAAAUUAUGUUCCACUGUUGGCGGCACAAAGCACCCACAUAACCAAUGGCAAUGGAGUUUGUCACAACUCAGCGCACCGACACACUAAGUAUAAACCCUAUUUUUCUAGCGUUUCACCAAGGAACGGCGUCAUCUGUUACAAUGGCAACUAUGAAGGUGACCUUAGCAUGUUUGGCAGCAAGAGAUUACACCGCCGCUUGGAACUGGUAGAAACCGAUUCGGAUACCGAGUAUAAGCGUGAAUUGGAAGCUUAUCAGCCGCCGCAGCGCAGCGAUAGAAGUCAACUGGCACGAUUGGUUAUAUACUAUUGCGAUCGCGUCGUGCCGCCGUCAAGACGCAAGCUAGCCACAGCGUACACCUCUCGACUCUACAACAGUACGUAUUACCAGCGCAUGCGCGAAAUGUUGUAUGGAGCCUGCUGCUGGACGUUGUGGCUGUUGCGGUUGGUAAUCUUCUCCAUGCUGCGGCUGACCAAUUUCAGCUAUGGCUGUUGGCGUAGUUGUAUUUUGUUGCGGAAUACAGCACGUCGCCUGCUCUGGUGGAUGACAUUGGCGAAAUGUGGUGAUGUGAAACUUUUCUUUAUGAUUCUACUGGGAACGCCACUCGUGUUUGUCAUAGCUAUAGUCGGUUUCUUAUUGUCCAUUUAUUGUGCGCUACGCGAUUGUCUGAGCAGUUCAAAUUUCUUUCAGCGAUUUCGUAUGAAAUAAGCGCCAUGUUUCUGAAUAUUUUUGCAACACUCAUGCGACGCGGCAUUACACUUGGAGUCGAGCGAAAUUUCAGUUUACAACUUUUAUA